GACUACUGUGUGUUUACUUCAAGUCGGAGAGAGGCUGCUUGGUGGUUUCAGAGCUCUUGGAGAUUCGCGCCUGUUUAGACUAUCCGAUCGAGCAUCUCAAGGCCGACGUGCCGGAGAAGACAACCGUAGAGCUAAAUGGCAACCUUAGAGGAUAAACUUCUGGGAGAGAAGCGAGACUACUAUUGCAGCUCAUCCGAGGAUGAAGACGAGGGUGGUGUCAGGCUGGUCAAGGAAGAGGAUCUCAACGAAAAACCCGUCAAUACAGUUAAAUUCGACCGGUCCUCCAAUACCGGUCCGAAAGGUGUCGUCAAGGACUACCAACGGUACAAGCAGCUGGAAAUGGAACGACGGGUCGAAAAUGAAGCCGAGCGUCUAGCGCUGAUGAAGAAACUUUCGCUCAGCUGUAUGACGAACAACGAGGAGGAGGCCCUGAAAAACGAAGAUGAGAUGGACGAGGAACUCAAUGAGCUCAUGCUUGAGUAUAUCUCGCUGCGUAUGCAAGAAAUGGUUUCGGCCGAGCAGGACACUGAAAGACCCAAGUUUGGAAAGCUAGUCAUCAUUCAGACCAAGGAAGCUUUCUUGGAUGCGAUCGACCGUGAACACAAAGAUACCACGGUUAUCAUUCAUCUUUACACACCUUUCACUCCUGGAUGCGACGCGAUGAACGCGUGCUUCAAUACCCUAGCCGAGACCUAUCCAUUGCACAAAUUCUGCGUUAUGUCCACUGAAGUGGCCGGAAUGACUUCAUUCUUCGAAAACAAGGGCGUUCCGGCGAUCACGAUCUACAGGGGCAAAAAUGUCAUCGGUAAUUUCGUCAGACUCUCGGAUGAGUUCGGCGAAGACUUCGUGUCGACCGACGUGGAAUCCUUCCUUAUCGAACAUGGCUUCCUACCGGAUCCUUCGACAGUCCCCAAAAUGGCACGCGGAAAGCAGGGAAGUCAAGAAGACGAGGAGGACGCUGACGACGAUGAUGACGAUGAUUGAGCGGGAAGUCGAAGUGCAAGCAGCCUCGGACCUCUUGAUCGAGAGAUCUCAAAUUCGAACUCCCAUCGAGAUUGCGUCUGUCGAGAGUGUACCUGGUACAGUCUUUUCAUUGAUUUGACCCCAGAAUAUUCCCUUGCACCAGCAGCUCAGUGGAUUACACGCCGUAAACGUACAUCACCCUGUAUUUAAGCGAAACUGUACAUCUUGAACGGCUCAUUACAGCCUGCAGUUGAUCUUCAAAAAUGAUUGAGUAUUUCUCAGCGGGAUGCAGAGGUGUUCGCUGAUUCGAAGUAUUUCCACCUCUAAUUCUCGCUCUGAAGGGUGGUCCCCCACAAACUAGUCAAUUGAGCACUCUCUGUGCGCACGUGACGCGUUGGAGGGUAGAGGGGGAACCUUAACAUGAUUGCCCCCUCCCUCCUCCGACAUCUGAUACCUACUUGGGAGAACCAACUCGUCGUGAAGACGUAUCUUUCGAAAUCUUUGCGAGAAUUGUCGAGUUUCGAUUUUCGAGGCUCAAACUGUAAAAUACAAAAUAAAUAAACCUGUAAAGGAAUACGAGCGCC